GUUUUACGGUUAAAGAAAGCAUAAAAACGCGUUGAAGCUGUAAAACGUUUAACGUUUCUGAAACAAGUGAAUUUAAUGCUUAAAUUAUCAUUAUAUUAAUAGGCUUUAGUGUUGCUUAGAACAAAAUGUUUGUCAAGGUUAAAUUGGAUUUUGAGGAAUACUCGUGCCAGAAGCCCGAAAUGUUUGAAAUCGAAGAAACUGCGAAGGUUUUAGAUUUAAAACAGCAACUUGGGGUUUUGGUCGGACUUCCUGUAAGCCGUCUUGAGAUCAAAACCAUCUCCAGGAAUCUUGAUAACGAGGAAGAUCUUUCCAAAUUGUUGAGAGCCAAGGAGCCACAAGAUUCGGCGGUAAAAAUUAACGGAUCAGCGUUUUCCCUCCUGAACGGCAACGCGUUCAUAGCUUUUCUGCAAUUCUACAAUCGCGCCGAGGGUGACAGCCAGUUAAGUUUCCUGAACAGGCCACAGGAAUCGAUGUUAUUGCCAGUCGACCGUCUGCCACAGUUCUGUGAAUUGUCGGACUCUCAGGAUUCGACAAUAUCUAGUGCAUCGGACAAGACUAACACAAGUUUUGCAUCGGCCAGUACGAGUUCAAGUUCAGGGGGAGUUAAGAGGAAAGCCGAACUUUCAGAUGAAGAAUCGAAGAGGAUAAAGAGCUCCCCGUCUCCUAAUGUGGUCAAUAUUGUUGCGCAAACUAGUAAUCCGGAUGGAAAGGUAUCUGCCAUUUUAGGUUCGAAACUUCAGACGGUCGCUAGGUGCAAAAAAGAACCUUCCACCACUACGGAAGAGAAUGAUUUCGAUUACGUCGAUGAGGCAAAUCCUGAAUGCAGGAUCAAGAAGAAAAGCUGCUGCAGUCGGUCGAAGUGCGGGAAGGCAGAUACCUGGCCGCCUUACGCGCGCACCAAGCCGGAAAACCGUCGAUACGGUGUGGUAAUCAGCAACGAUGAUAAAAGCGCCGAAAGCGUGGACCAGGAGGCUCUGAUGCAACAUUUCUUCAAACUGUUCGAACACUGUGGUGUGAAGGACCCGUUUAGUGACUGCACAUCAGUGUCGAAGUUUUGUGCCAACCUUUUGAUUGUUUGCGAAGAUGACGAUACCGCCGACUGGGUUAUUGGUGCUGUUAAAGGCGUCUGCCCGCCACAUACGUGCGUUCCUUUUAUCAAGUUCUUUUCUCUGAAAAGGUGUACGUUUGUCCUUCCGUUGCUCGUUCCUGGCAAGCCCUUGUGUUCGAUAUUUCAUUUGCUGGAGUUGCAGAACUGCAGCCUUGUCACACACAAAUGGACCGUAGUCGGGCGUACUCUUCUCGAUCCCUGCCAGGAGGAUUUCAACGAAAUGGCCGUGUCCGCGUUGUGCGACAAUGAACUUAUUGAACUUUAUAUCGACGAGGAGAGCAAGGAAUACAUAGAAAACCAAUGCUACAAACUGAAGUACUGUUUUUGGCGUCUUAAGUUUGAGUUUGAACGUUAGUACUAGUCUCCUUUCGAAAAACCUUAAAAUCGGUGCGGUGAAAACAAAUUUAUAAAACAUUAAUUAUUUGAAAAAGUCCGUGUGAAUUGCGCAAUUGU